AUGUGGCCAUAUGCAUCAGAUAUCAAGAUCAGAUUCCCCGAACGGCUUCUGUGGGAGGAGUUUGAGGACUCCAAGCCGUACCUCGAUCCAGACACAGAGUACCUCCCCAUCCCCGAAUUCAGCGCGUCAAACUACCUGAGAUCUUGGUGUGAAUCCUACCCAACGCCCAACUUCGACUCCAAUCGGAUCUACUCCAGUGACUACGAAACGUUACUCUAUCCACCCUCGCUAUCGUCAAGCGGGUUACACGGCGGUGGAUACCUUUCGGAUUGCGGGUCUAGAUGUCUCCAAUUUGGCUGUGGUCGACUGACCCAACUGGGAUCAUACUACUGCGCAGCUCACAUUUGA